UAUGAGAGAAUCCAGAAUGAUCUUACAACCAUUCUACAGAAAGAGGCUGCUAGUUGUAUGGCAGUUCACCCAAAGGUAAAGCUAUAGAAACGUUCUUAGCCCUAGGUACUCACUGGGGAGGAGUGUAUAUAUUAGAUCACAGUGGUAACAACAUCAGAAACAAGGAGAGGAAUCCACAUUCCACCACAGUGAACCAAAUCAGCAUAGACAGCAACGGAGACUACAUGGCUAGCUGUUCAGAUGAUGGCAGGGUUGUCAUCAUAGGCCUGUAUGGCUCAGACAAUAAUCAAGAGUUCCAGUUUGAUCGUCCAAUCAAAGCCGUGUCCCUGGACCCAGGAUUUUACCGCCCUAACAUGGGGCGACAGUACGUCACUGGAGACGAGAAGCUCACUCUUCAUGAGAAAGGUUUCCUGAGUCGACACAAGACAACCAUACUUCAUGAUGGGGAAGGUCCUAUUAGGAAUAUCAAGUGGAGGUCAUACUUCAUUGCAUGGACAAAUGAUAGGGGUAUUAAAGUAUAUGACAUGAGCACCAAGCAAAGAAUCACAUACAUCCAGAAAGACAUUGAUAAGAGCCUCCGCUCAGAAAUCUACCGCUGUCAUUUGAGCUGGAAGGAUGAUAGAACUCUUUUGAUUGGCUGGGCUGACAAGGUCAAAAUUUGCGUCAUUCGGGAAAGGGACAGGAAUGAUGUCCGAGACCUGCCUAGUCGAUAUGUAGAAAUAGUGGCCAUGUUUGAUACAGAUUUCUACAUCUGUGGUAUCGCACCAAUGGCGGACAAGCUAGUGUUGUUGACAUAUGAGAAAGAAGAAGUAACUGAGGGAGGCAAAGUGGUGGCAAACAGGCCCCACCUCCAAGUGAUUGACCCCAAAGUUGACAGCUACGAGGAGAUCUCCGAUGAUGCUCUUUCCAUACGUGGAUUCCAGGAGUAUAGAUGUAGUGAUUACCAUUUAGAGUCUAUAAUAGAAGAGAACCUGUUCUAUAUCAUUAGUCCUAAAGAUGUGGUAGUGGCAAAACCAAGGGAUCUGGAUGACCAUUUGGAUUGGUUACUACAACAUGAAAUGUAUGAGGAGGCCAUGGAAGAUGCAUCAAAGAACAGCAGAGAGUUGAAGAGAAACUCAUAUCAGGAAAUAGGCAGACUGUACCUGAUGCAUCUUCUUGAAGAGAGAGAGUUUGAGGAGGCGGCCAAGCUCUGUGUGAAGAUUCUCGGGAAGAGCAAGGAAGCUUGGGAGGAUGCCAUAUACAAGUUUGCUCAGAGUAGACAACUUAGGGUCAUAGCUCCAUACAUCCCCACAGGGAGGGGACAAGAUGUCAAACUCAGUGAACCUAUAUAUGAGAUGGUGCUUAAUGAUUUCUUACAGUCAGAUUAUGAGGGUUUCAAACGGCGUAUCAAGGAGUGGCCGCUGGGUCUGUACAACAAUCAGGUGCUGGUAAAUGCUGUCCUUGACCGGCUGGACAGUGACGAGACCAAUAUCACUCUACUGGAGUGUCUGGGAGAACUUUAUACCAAUGCCAGGCAGUUUGACAAGUCUUUGGCAAUAUUUCUCAGGUUACAGCAUCCAGAGGUUUUCCAGCUAAUUCACAAACAUAACCUGUUUGACUCCAUCGCUGACAAGAUUGUCAUGUUGAUGAAGUUUAACAGAGAGAAGGCAGUCGAGAUGUUUCUGGACAACAUGGACAAAGUGCCGAUCAAGGAAGUUGUACAUCAGCUGGAGAAAACACCUGAACUUCUUCAUGUGUACCUGGACAGGCUGUUCCAGAAGGACCACCACAUUGGUCAAGAGUUCCAUGCACUGCAAGUCAAACUGUAUGCCGAGUACGACCGGUCAAAACUGCUGUCCUUCCUGCGUAGCAGCAACUACUACCCUCUCCAGAAAGCCCUAGAGGAGUGCCAACAGAGACAGCUCUACCCUGAGAUGGUGUUCCUGCUUGGUCGUAUGGGGAACACCAAGCAGGCUCUGAUGCUGAUCACGCGAGAGCUGGGAGAUGUCAGCCAAGCUAUAGAGUUCUGUAAGGAACACAAUGACCAGGACCUGUGGGAUGACUUGAUAGAUUUCUCCAUUGGGAAACCUUUGUUCAUCAAGGGAUUAUUGAACAACAUAGGGACUCACGUGGACCCCAUCAUCCUGAUUAAAAAGAUCCGAGAAGGCAUGGAAAUCCCAGGGCUACGAGAUUCCCUGGUCAAGAUUCUUCAUGAUUACAAUUUACAGAUGUCAUUGAGAGAGGGGUGUCAGAAGAUUCUGGUGAAAGAUUGUUAUGGUUUAUUGGAGCGUCUUGUCAAAACACAGAGAAGAGGAAUAUGUGUGGACAGUGAACUGAAGUGCCAGACUUGUCACAACACAAUACUAGUCAGAGACAUGCGGUUUGCUAGUGAUGUUGUUAUUUUCUACUGUCGCCAUGCAUUCCAUGAAGAUUGUCUUCCAGCAAAUGCCACUGAAAACUGCAGUAUCUGUAAUGCCCAGAGGAGAGGUCCUGGCAGCACCAUCACAUUCAGGAAAUGACCAGCAUGAGUGACAUUGCUUGACCAACUUGAUGGACAUUGUUAAACCAUAAUAAUGGACAGAAUUUAACCAACAUGAUGGAUGUGGCUUGGGCAACAUAAUGGGAAAGGCAUGAUUGAUUUAUCUCAUGUAUAUCUGAUCCUCACUUGAUUGAUUUUUCUAUUACUUGUACAAAACAGAAAAUUAAGCUGAGAUCUUUAAUUUUAAAGACUGCUUUAUGUACAGUUAAAGGUCAUGUUCACAGCUGUUUACAAGAGGGUGGAAACUUAAAUUUAAAUUUUUGGGCACAGUUUAAAUGAUGCUGUGUGACUUGUUUUCUAUUAUUUAAUGAUAUACUGGUGGUCAUACCACACACAAACAAACUGAAAGAAAUUAUGUAAUCAAACUUGGGUCAUUGAUUGUUAUUGUCAGCAACUACAUUUUCAGUUGUAAUAUCUUGAUAUAUGUAAAUAAAAUGAAUU